AUGUCACACAGGAGGGGUCAUUUAACGCGUAAAAUACCCAAUGUUAAACUAAAACCACGACCAAAAGUUGCUUCAUCUGGCAUUAAUGAGCAACAUGAGGAAUUCUACGAUGAAGCUGAUGAUAUACACCUGAAAACGACAUCAGAGAAGCCAUUAGACGGUUUUGUAUUCUGCUCUACAGGUAUACUUAAUAGGCACGAAUUAUACAAGAAAGCUAUGGAAAUGGGUGCUACUUAUGAAUCCAAUUUCACAGAUAACGUUACACAUCUCAUAGCUAUAGAGUUUGGCAGUCCAAAGUAUAAUUGUGCGAUUCAAUUAGGUGCAACAGUAUUGUUACCAGCCUUUAUUGAACAAUCCUACUUAGAAUGGAUCGACGGUGAGAAUGUAGAUGUAGAAGCACUCAUUCAGAAGUACACACUUUUACCGUUUACCAAUCUUAUAAUCUCAAUGUCUGGUGUCGAAGCUGGUCCAAUUAGAAAAGAAAUUGAGAGGUCACUCAUCGCAAAUGGUGCGAACAUAUCGAGAGAUUUACACAAACAGUGUACACAUUUAGUCACUGAGAACACUACAUCACAGAAGGUUAAAUGGGCGAGAAAUUACAAUAUGAACAAUGAAAAUAAGAUCAAGAUAGUCUGGACAGAGUGGAUAAAUGCUUGCCUCGCCGUCAACGGCCGUCUACCAGAGGAGGAGUUCUCAACGGAGAAAGAACGCCCUGAUAUUUCCAAGUAUAGAGCAUCACAAGCUAAGCGUCCUGGUAUUCUACCCCAAGAGACCGAAGUACAACAACCAGUUAUCAACAAAAAGAGAAGUUUCGUUGAACAACCGGGUAACGAAGAUCUAGAGAAGGCUGUUUUGAAGAAGCAUAAAGUAGCAAAAUCUUCUCUGGUUGAAGGCAUACUUUCGCAGACUACCAAAUCACCAGUUAGAGAGAGAUCAACACAUAUAGAUACUUCAAAUAGUUUCUUUAAAGAUGAAUCAUUCAACAACACCUCAAACGCAUUCAAUAUGCCUACACAAACAAUACUUCCUGCAACCAACUCAUUUGCCAACAACAACAUCCAACCUGCUUCAUCUGCUGAUCAGGGUAAGGUGUUUAACAAUUACACAUUCUCACAUAGAGGUUUCGAAAAGUCAAAAUCACAUAGGCUAGACUUAGAGUUGGAAAAGUAUGGCGCUAGUGUAACUAAUUCGGUUAAUUUGGCAGAUGUGACUAUAGUUCCAUUCAACAGUGGUAAUACAUAUACAACAGAAAUACCCUCACUCACAAUAACUGAAUGCUGGGUUGAAAGGUGUAUGUAUGAAUCCAAAAUCAUUCCAUAUAAUAGUAGUCCGCUUUUCAGACCAUUCGAAAUGCCAACUAUUUCACCUGAAUUUGCGGCUUCUUUGUGUAUCACGUUUAGCGGUUUAGAUGAGUGUGACCGGACCCAAAUUAUGCGAUUUUUUAGAUUAUUAGGUAUAACAACUAAAAGCAGCUAUCCGCGUGGUAUAACCCACCUAAUAUCGGUAAUGCCACCGCGUGGUAAAAGGCUCGAAAGAGCAUUGGAAUGGCAAACACCUGUCGUUGAUGUCCAAUGGGUCUGGCAGACGAUCUCAACAGGACGGAUUUCUCCAAUUGAACAGUAUAUCUGGACACCAGAGAAGUAUAAACAAAAUGAGACCAAUUUCUUUGACUCUCAAAGUGAAACAACAGUACAGCCACCUUCUAUUAUGCUACCGUCAUCGCAAUCUUCUCCAAAACGAUUAUCGCAAUUGCAAUCUUCACCUACUGCUAAUAUUCCACUACGGAAAACACUCUCAACUAAUCCUUUCAAAAUAAAGAAAGAGAAUAGUAGUAAUGGAGAAUUACUUCAUGAUAGUAUAGUUCAGUUAUUGAAACAGGAAGGUGAGAAAAUAUAUCCAAAUAACAGCAAAACGAAAAAGCGACCACGCCUGAAGCGCACAUCGACCAGUGAUUCAGCCAAUAAUAGUGUAACACCAGCACCUAUACCUUUAGAAGAGCAAGUUGAUAAUCGUAAAGAAGUAACUGCUGCACCUUCUAAGGCAACUUCGUCACCAUUAUCGUCACCAUCCCCACCGCCUAGCAUCCUGUCACAAGUAAACAGUACUCAGACAAAUGGACAACAGAACGAAUCGCUGAGAAUAAUGUAUGAUGAUCCUGAAGCUAGAAAUGAACGCAAGAGGAUCCUUCAAGCACUCACAAAUAGCAGUAGUGAUACAAGGAAUGCAAUGAAAAGUGACGAAAACUAUGAAAGUUCCGAUAUUAUGUACAGAUUUGCUAAGGAGGAUUUCGAAAAACCUAUAGCCGAGAAUAGACCAAAGAGGAAUGCGGCUAAGGAGUCAAAUGAGAAGACUAACAAUCAGCAACAAUAUGAUCCGACCCAGCUUGAUGAGUUUUGA